AUGGCGACCACCACCGACGAAGCAUCAUCCUCAUCAUCACGGCCACGGCCACGGCCGCCACCGCCGGUGCGCAUCCUGAUCAUCAACCCCAACACGUCGCAGGCCAUGACGGACGCGCUGGUGCCCGUGGUUGAGAGCCUGGGGUUUCCCGCGGUGCAGUACGCCUUCUUCACGUCGCCGACGCCGGGCAUCCCGAGCAUCAACUCGCCCCACGACGCCGCCGAGUCGGCGCGCAUCUGCCUCCCGCACCUGCUACCCCUGCUGCCGCACCACGACGCCUUCCUCGUGGCGUGCUACAGCCAGCACCCGCUCGUCGCGCAGCUCAAGGCCGAGUGCGCCGCGCUUACCGCCGCGGCGACCCAGGGCGCCCGCGGGUCCGGGGCGCGGAAGUACGUCACCGGCAUCUUCGAGGCGAGUGUCGUGGCCAGUUUGACGCUGCUGGGUGAGCCGGAGAAGAAACAGAAGACAGACGACGACGACGACAAGGACGUCAGACCCGCGUUCGGGAUCGUCUCGACCGGCAAAGUCUGGGAAGAGGCCCUGCAGACGGCCGUCGCGGAGUUUAUCGGAUGUCCCCCAACCGCAACGACAACAAAGUCUCCGUUCGUCGGGUGUGAGACCACGGGCCUCAACGCGAGCGAACUGCACGACCUCCCCGCCGAGCAGGUGCGGCGGAAGAUGAAGGAGGCGACCACGCGGCUCCUGCGGCGCGGCCAGAUCAGCAGCAGCAGCAGCAGCAGCAGCAUCAAGAAGAAUGAUCAAACGCCGACGACGACGAGCUCAGCAGACACACUCUCGCGCGUCCAGGCCAUCUGUCUGGGCUGCGCGGGCAUGGUGGGCCUGGACUCGGCGGUGCGCGAGGCCUGCGCCGAGACCCUGGGCCCCGAGCGCGCCCGGGACGUCUACAUCGUCGACGGGGUCAAGGCCGGCGUGGCCACGUUGUACGGCCUUGCGCGCAGUGCGUUCUGA